UUUUAUUUGUGCCGUGGUGCAGGAGAUUGCACAGCUUUUCCCUAAAUCCCUAGCUUGCAGCGUUGGAGGAAAUCAGAACGCCUAGUCGCCAUUUCCAACCGCGUAUAUCUAUGAGAAAGUAGGGAAUUUUCGCGUUGAUAGACGUUCCUUUCCUCUUCUAAACCAAAGGCAAAGCGGAGAAGAGGAAGAAUACAUUUUAGAUCGCAGAGCUGCUCGUCGCUUCUCUCAGUUCUCUUGCUCUCUCGUUCGUCGCGUCCUCCCUCCUCACUGCUUCUCGCCUUACCGGUCGCCGGCAACAUCGCUCAGCGCCUCUUGUCUCCUCUCAGGAUAACAUCAAUUUCACAUCUAUGGGAGAAUCCAAAUAUGCUUAUUUGGUCACUGAUGACGGACUUUAUCGUGUUAAUAUCCCUGACUUUGAUCCACCACACCAGCCCGAAUUCAUGCUCGAGUGUGUAGCUGAGGAUUUUGAUGAUAUCAUACUCCCAACUAUGGGAAUCUUCAGCAAAGGGCAGGAUGUAUAUUUGUUUGGGGGCUUGAUGUUUGGGGGGAGAGGUAAUGCACAGUAUAACAGGAGCCUGUAUUUUUUCAACCCUCGCAAGGUCAAGGAGAAGGAAUAUCCCAUUAGGGAUUCUAAGUUACUUUACAAAUCAAGUCUUAAGUACGUACCCAUGGUUACUCCUUCUGUGUUACAAGCUAAGCAUAAGACUUACUUAUUCUCAGUUGUUCGUCCUGGCUACGGUCCAAUGAAAUCACUCUGCUAUUUUCAGUCCUUCGAUCCACUCAAAAAUUGCUUUUGCACCCUUCCAACUCCCUCCCUAGAUGAUUCGUUUCUGUGGUAUGAUGUGGUUGGGUAUUUUCUUGUUUACGAUCAUAUAUACGUGUUUAUCCAAGGAGGGGCCAAGGACGUUAACGAGCUUCAUGCCUUCUCUUUCAACACUAGAUCAUCAAAAUGGAAGGAAUUAGAUUCCUUGUUGAGCAAAUUUGAAGAACGCAAAAUUCCCAUUCCCUAUUGUCACUGUGGCGAUAUAGGGCUCUCUUAUAAGUUUAACGAUAACACUCAGAUUCUGGUCGCCCUUAGUUAUGGUACACCUACUGCGUAUCGUGUUCGGCUUGGUGCAGCCGGGAGUUCUCUCCGGCCUAAAUCCUAUAGGCAUUUACUUGAACAUAACUAUGGGGUUCAUAAUUUCUCACACCUACUUGAUAUUGGAAGUGAAAGGUUUUGUGCGAUUUGUUCUCGGGAGGACAAACAUAUUUUGGUAUAUGCCUUCAAGAUGGAUUUUGCAGUUGAAUAUGAAAACCAGGGAAAGUCAACCUCACCUGCAAUGCCCUCCAUAGAGAUUCUCUGUUCCAAGAAAUUUUUUCCCUCCGUAGUUAGUUGUGUUUGUUUGGCCUAUGCUCCUGCAUCUCAACGUUGUAUUCCCUGGGAUAAAGUCAAGCCCAUAAAUGAUAAUUCUAAUGAAAAGGAGCCAAAAAGGAAGCCAGGUGUUGUGUAUCUCGAGGUGUAGAGGCUUUGUAAGGAGAUGAUGAUUUAUCUCUGUGUUGCCACUGCUGAGUAAUCCCCCAUACAAGCCAGGGUGGCCAUAUUUUGUUUUCCAAGACCAAGCUAGUAGUACACAAAUUUUCUAUGACAAAUCAAACUAGCAAAUAGUGAUGUCUUUGGGAACAUCCAUCUACUAGUAUGUUUGGAAUUGUACUAACACUUACUGUUCUUACUCUGCCCAGCUUCACCUUGCCUUUUGCUCUCUUUCUCCAUCUUUCUAGCCUAUUGUGAAUCUUUUAUUUGCCUUUAUUAAAGGAUCACACAUGUUCCUAGUUAUUUUAAAGUAGUAGAAAUUUCAAAUGCAA